CGAGGCCCUGGCAGUCUGGAACACCUUACCCUACUUCCCGUGCAGCUCAUGCAUUUUAGAAGUAGAAGCAGUAGACGGAUUUAGCGAAGAAACCUGGUUGAAAUGAGGUUUCACGGCUUCGGGUCAUGUUUUUUUCCAUAACGAUCUCUCCGCCCCUGUGAUCUCGCAAGAGUCAUGAUGGAAGGCACCAAAGGAAAAGUGCUCUCGAUGUCGGUCGAGAAGGUGCAUGAAGAAUUCGAGAAGGCCGUUGACAAGUUUCGGCGGGUUCCUUACGACAUUUUUGACGUCAAAGAAGCAGCAUUUAUUGAAGACUUUCAUGAUUUUCGGCUUACGAUCCGUGACCUGGAUCGGCGCUUGGGCUCCGUUUUGGCUGCGGCCUUCCACGACCAAAACACCUUGCACGGUCGCAGCAAGCUCCUCGAUGCCUUCGAGGGGCUGCUUGAGCGGCCAGUGAUACAGGCUGAGCUGGUCCGCAAACAGAAGGUGCUCAUUGACCAGUACAGGCUUGAUGUGGACCAGAUUCACGCCAAUUUCACGGCCAACGAAGAAAAGGUCGACCAUUGCGACGCAGAUGCACCAAUCUUUGCCAACCUGCCUCCGGUGGCUGGUGCCAUCUUCUGGGCUCGCAGCCUCCGGACACGUCUUCAGGAGCCUAUGCCCAAGAUUUUGGCGUACAACGAGCUCAUGCGUGAGGUCCCUGAGAGCUUCAAGGAGCUGCUCCGCAUCCACGAUCAAACCCUACAGACCUUGGAUGAAUAUGAGAAGCGCCGAUACUCGGAAUGGAAGCAAGAGGCAGUUGAAGAGGCUGCAAAGCGGUUGCACAUGCGGCUGCUUCGUCGCCACGACAGGACUGGGCUUCUGAAGGUGAACUUCGAUCCAGCUCUCGUGCGGUUGUUGCGAGAGGUGCGCUUCUUCCUCAUCUACGGCAUGGAGGUGCCACCUGAAGCUUUGACGAUCUACAACAUGGUGGACACAUACCGCACCUGGACCAGCCAGUUGGAUCACAUUGUUGGGCUGUACAACUCAGUUCUCACAGAUCUACUGCCAGUGGAGGAGCCGCUGCUUGAAGACCGGAUCCUGAAAAUGGAUAAUGCGCUGGCCCCUGGGCUCACAGAGCUGAAAUGGUCUCGAGAGGAUCAGAUCCCGGACUUUAUCGCAGAAGCGAUGAAGGUCGUCAGCGAUGUGUCAGCCAUUGUGGACAUCAUGAAGGGCAACUUGCGAAAGAUCAGCAACAUCCUCUCGCAGUGGUGCAAGGACUCAAUGCUGGAACGGAAGCGUGGAGCGAAGCCUGUGUCGGUGGAGGAGUUUGAGCAGAACCACAAAGCUCGCGUUGGGGUUUGCCUCAUGAACAUGACGGAUGGAGGAAAGGAGAUUCAUCGUUUCGUCAAAGACUCCAGUGAGUCUCUGAAGAUCUCAAAGACGGCGCCAACUUGGAAGGCCUAUGUGGACUUUGUCAACAACGUUGUCAUCGAGGGCUUUGUCUCGGCCAUCGCAGUCUCCCUCCAGUACCUUUGUGAGAUCCUCGAUCCUUUGAUCAUUGCCAGACACGAGAUGCUGCCUUUAUUUGAUGUGAAGAUUGAGCUUCAGGGCGAUGAGAUCGUUUUUGAUCCACCCUUCGAGGAUGAGGAGAAUCCGAGCCGGACGACCCUAAGAAGCACAAUCGACAGCUGGUUGAAAGAUUUCUUCGCUAUGGCCACCGUCAUGGUUCGUCUAGAUUCCAAUGUCGGAGACUAUUUGAAUGAGAUCAAGGAGCACUUCCAGAUGCAAUGCUUGCUAUCGUUAGUCUCAGAGCUGAUAGACAAUACAGAGGCCAAGUGCGUGGAAUAUCGGGAAACCUUCAUGACGCACUCCUUCCUAUGGACCGACAGCGUUGAAAAGACCUUCGAAAGAUUCUUGCAGGAUAACCCCAAGGAGUUGGUCAAUUUCCAAGAGGGCGGCAUGAGCUUUCGGGACAUCAUGAUCCGCAUCAAGGU